UUCUUUUAUUGCAAGAUGUAUCAAGCUCAUUUUCACUCGCAGCACAGCACCAUGACAAGCAACAAGCAUGAAGGCCUGAAGCUGAAGCGGGAGGUAGGGUUAAUUAGUGCGAUCUCUCUGGUCGCAGGCACUAUGAUAGGAUCGGGGAUCUUCAUGUCCCCUCAGUUUGUGAUGUCCAAUGUUGGAAGCCCUGGAGCAAGCUUGAUCAUCUGGGCUGUGUGUGGCCUGGUGACUCUAUGUGCUGCGCUCACUUAUGCAGAGCUCGGUACCAUGUUCCAAGAAUCUGGAGGUGAAUUCAUCUACGUCCUGAGAAUCUACGGACCCUUACCUGCAUUCUUUGUGGCAUAUACGUUCACAAUUGUGGCGAAACCAGCAGGUAUUACAGCUGUAGCCUUGAGUUUAGCUCAGUAUGCUGUGGCUCCUUUUUAUCCAGGCUGCAUGCCACCUACAUUGGUGGUGAAAUGUUUAGCAGCAGCGUGCAUUUUAGUGGUGGCUACCAUCAAUAUGCUGAAUGUUCGCUUUGCCAUGACCAUUCAGGUUAUCUUCCUAGUGGUUAAAGUGGCGGUGUUGAUGGUGAUUGUUAUUGGUGGGAUCUUUACCAUGGCCCAAAAUGGCCUGGAAACCCUUGGAAAUCCAGACAUUGCCUUUGAGGGUACAACUUUGGGGAUCGGUACCAUUGGAAUGGCUUUGUAUCAGGGACUCUGGUCUUUUGCUGGAUGGUACAAUUUAAACUUUGUUCUUGAAGAGGUGAAAAAGCCAGAGGUAAAUCUCCCACGAGCAUUAAUGAUUGCCAUCCCAAUGGUAACGAUCCUCUACCUGCUGGUCAAUAUCAGUUAUUUGGCUGUAAUGACUCCUAGAGAGAUGAUGACGUCGAGUGCUGUAGCCGUUACAUGGGGCAAUAAGGUGCUGGGCAGCUGGGGAUGGGUGAUGUCUAUUGCAGCCUCAUUAUCUUCUUUUGGCACGCUGAACGGUUCGUUCUUCAGUGGAGGACGAAUUUGCUUUGUAGCUGCACGAGAGGGUCACAUGCUUAGCAUCCUGUCUAUGGCCCAUGUGCGUCGCCUCACACCCUCUCCAGCUCUUACGUUUACCAGCAUCAUUGCCUUCAUUGUGCUCAUUCCUGGAGACUUCCAGGGAAUAAUCAACUUCUUUAGCUUUACAUCCUGGUUCUUCUAUGGAGUUACAAUAUCUGGACUACUCUAUCUAAAAAUCAAAAGGUCUGACCUUCCAAGUACAUACAAGGUUCCAAUUUUUAUCCCCAUCCUGGUAAUUCUGGUGGCUUUGUUUCUGGUUUUAGCUCCUAUUAUUGACGAUCCUCAGCUCGAGUACCUAUAUGUCACCCUCUUCAUCCUAAGUGGAGCUUUAAUUUAUUUUCCGUUCAUUCACUUCAGACUGUGUCCACACCUGCUGGACAAACUCACAGUGUUCCUGCAGCUCUUCCUGGAGGUGGCGCCAGCUAACAAAAAUGUAUAAAACCCCACAUCAGACUGACAGGCAGACUUUUUAGAUUUAAAAAUUCUUUUUCAGAUUUAUUUUUGUAUUUCACGUAUUGAUUAUUCCAGAUGAAGUGCCUGUGGGGAUAAAAAUUAUGUUUGUAGAUAAAAAGCCAGAAUUAGAGCCUGCCUAUGAAAACUGGAUAACUGAAAAGGGAGUUUAUUUACAUCAAAAUCACAUUUUAGGAGAAACUCUAUACCGCCAAUUUUUUUCAAAACAUACGAUUAGGAAUUAUAUACUGUAUCUUAUCUUUAUCUUUUAUGAAAUGUUUAAUUCAGUUCAACUUGAACAAACCUGUAGUGUUUAAAGUUCAUAAAUCAGUACAUGUAUACGCAUCUCUUUUAUUAAAGACACGUGUCAGGGUUUCAAAUGACAAUAAAUUAUCAAUAGGCCCACAAUCAAUAAAUAAAUAUUUUACAGUGAGAUAACUUAUCAAAUUUGUAGGUGUUCUGUAUAUUAUUUUUUAGAGUUUAGUACUUUUUCAAAUAGUUUCAAACACUUUGUCCAAAAAUAAACAAAACAAUUAAUUUUGUUACAGUGAAAUCUAGCUUAAA